AUGCCUCCAUUAGAGUCAUCUACGGACGAAGAAGAAAAAGAGCGCCUUGAUAAAACACCGUUAGCGAGAAGAACUCGGAGGGGGGGAAGGGAGCGAGGGAAACACCGGGAACAAAGGAGGGCUGUGUCACCCUCCCCUCCAAGGUUAAUGGCCCCUUUGCGCAAAGCGCAAUUGGAUCAUCAAUUUCUAAGCCCGGAAUGUUUAUUAGAGAGGGAUUUAUUGUCUUCCCUACAAGCCACAAUUGUGUUUGAAAAGGGUAGGGUCAAAUUAGAGAUUCCAGAAGAAAAUGUGGCACAGAUAUUUGCUGUAAAUGAAAUAGAAACAAAAGCAAUUCCUCAUGAAAUAGAACAAGCAGUGGUCCCUUAAGUAUGGGAGACUGGGGCCCCAGGAUUGUCCAAAGCAGCAACCCCGGUAGUAAUAGAGCUCAAAGAAAGAGCACAGCCAGUACAGGUAAAACAGUACCCAAUCAGUUUAGAAGCAAGAAGAGGGGCAGCACCUUUAAUCAAACAAUUUCUAGUUCUUAGAAUAUUACAAGAAUGUGAAUCAGAAUUUAAUACACCUAUUUUUCCAGUCAGAAAACCUAACGGAAAAUACAGAUAAGUACAAGAUCUACGGGCGGUCAAUUUGUUAACUAAAGACAUUUACCCUCUUGUAGCGAAUCCCUAUACCCUGUUAACAUCUGUUUCUGAGAAAUUCCAGUGGUUUUCAGUAAUAGAUCUGAAAGAUGCCUUCUUCUGCAUCCGAGCUCUGGGACUGCCCGAUUUCACUAAAGAUUUCCAUCUGUAUGUCUGUGAAAGACAACGAUUGGCUCUGGGAGUACUCACCCAACGAUUGGGACCGUGGAAGAGACCCGUCAGGUACUUCUCAAAACAAUUGGACGCUGUAAGUGGGGGAUGGCCUGGUUGCCUGAGGGCGGUGGCAGCCACAGUGACACUAAUUCAGGAAGCACGUAAGCUGACACUGGGAAGGCACAUCACAGUGUACGUACCACAUAUGGUUAUUGCAGUUCUGGAACAGAAAGGAGGGCAUUGGCUCUCCUCUAGCAGAAUGUUGCAAUACCAGGCCCUGCUCAGAGAACAGGAUGACAUUGAAUUAAAAGUCACUAACCAUCUCAAUCCAGCUGAGUUUCUCAGGUCCACACAGGAAGAGGGAGUCCUGGAACAUGACUGCAUGGAGACUAUCGAGCAUGUCUAUGCAAAUCGGAAGGACCUGAAAGAUGAACCGCUGAAAAAUCCAGAUUGGGAACUGUUCACAGACGGAUCAAGUUUUGUGGAAAACGGAACCAGGUAUGCUGGGUACGCGGUGGUUACUUCACAGGGGAUUGUAGAAGCAAAAGCACUGUCCCCAGGAACAUCUGCACAGAAAGCUGAGAUUUGGGCACUGGUGAGAGCCCUGAAUCUGAGUCAAGGAAAAAGGGUGAACAUAUGGACUGACUCUAAAUAUGCCUUUGGAAUAGUCCAUGUACAUGGGGCACUGUGGAAGGAAAGAGGGCUACUUACUUCCCAAGGCUCAGCCAUAAAGCACCGGGACGAAAUACUACAACUCCUGGAAGUCAUACAUCAACCAGCAGCCGUAGCGAUAAUGCAUGUAAAAGGACACCAGCCUGAUUCAGGACCCGAGUCUCAAGGGAACAGACUGGCAGAUCAGGCAGCUCGGCGGGUAGCUACAGGAACUUGGACUCAAAUGGCUUUGUUACCAACUCGUGAUAAUCCAGCAGCAGUGCACAUGGAAGACAAACCCCAUUAUACACCAGAGGAUGAGAAAUUGGCCCAAAUGAUGGAAGCAAAGAAAAAUGUGCAAGGAUGGUAUAUUAGCCCUACUGGUCAGGUAAUACUGCCAAUCAGAAUAAUGAAGACAGUACUUGAAGUUGAACAUGGUAAGUGCCAUUGGGGUGCAGAGGCUUUGGUAAAAUUCCUAAAACAGCAGAUUUUCUCGAAUCAGAUGUUAACACUAGCAAAAAGGGUAAAUGCAACCUGCCCGGCCUGCAUUAAAAAUAACCCUAUAGUUAGAAAACAGGUACAAAUGGGGAAACUUCAAAUUGGGCAACUUCCAGGAGAUUAUUGGCAAGUAGAUUUCUCAGAAUUACCAAAAGCUCAAACAUACAAGUACUUACUAGUGUACGUGUGUACUUUCUCAGGAUGGCCAGAAGCCUUCCCAUGUAGAACUAAUCAAGCAAAGGAAGUAGUGAAAACCCUCCUAAAAGAAAUCAUUCCGAGGUUUGGAGUACCUUUAGGAUUGUCCUCAGAUAGGGGGCCACAUUUCAUUGCAGGAGUCGUACAGGAUUUAGCCACAAUGUUAGGAAUAACAUGGAAUCUCCACACUCCAUGGAGACCACAAUCUAGCGGACAGGUAGAGAAAAUGAAUCAGACUUUAAAAAAUCAAUUAAAGAAAAUUUGUCAAGAAGCAAAAAUCCAGUGGCCACAAGCAUUGCCGCUUGCUCUGUUAAGAAUUAGAAUUAAAUCCAGAGAAAGAAUAGGGGUGAGCCCUUAUGAGAUCCUAUAUGGAAAACCAUACCAUGCAGCAACCUACCGGGGUGAUCCUCAUGUACUGGGGGACCAAGUUGUAUUUAACUAUAUUUUGUCUCUAAAAAAGACCCUUGCAGCACUCCGAGGAGCCUUACAGCGGAAUCGGCCCCUGCCUCUGGAAAAUCCAGUGCAUGACAUCUCUCCAGGAGACCAGGUCUACCUAAAGAAUUGGUCAGCAGAACCACUGAGAGAAUCAUGGGACGGGCCUCACCAGGUGUUGAUGACGACCUACACAGCAGUCAAGGUCGAAGGCAUCGACAACUGGAUUCACUACACGAGGGUCAAGAAAGUUCCCAAGCUGUGGUCUGCAGAGCCCAUUGCACCGACCAAAACGGUGUUCAGGGCCGUCAAAUAA